AUGAUCUCGGAGAAUAAAUUGAAUAACAAACAAAAGAAACCAUACAAGAAUAAUUUUAAAUGUACCGGGUAUGGGGACUGUCACAUGGCCUUCACCAGGGCUGAACAUUUGGCAAGACAUAUAAGGAAGCACACUGGGGAGAAACCUUUCCAGUGCGACGUGUGCUUGAAGAGGUUUAGCAGAGUGGAUAAUUUGAAACAACAUCGCGAAUCCGUCCAUGCAACGGUCGUUAAUGCGGCAUCCAAGAAUGUACCACUCGUCGCUAAGGGUAGAGUGGAAAAACCAAAAAAAAUUAUACUAAAUAACGAAAAUUUCAAGAAAGUGAUAGAACAAAAAUUGAAAUCAUUGGCAACUACGAAUGAAACGCCUCAUAAUGAUAGUUUGGGCGUGAUGACACCAGAUAUAAAUAAUAUUAUGGUCUCAAAUUCAAGUCCACCAAUUUCGCCACUAAUGCGCUUACCAAUAGCAUCUUCAUCAUCGUCAUCGUCAUCAUGCGCAACUUCAUAUUUUACAGAGCCAAGACACCAACAGCAGCAGUAUGUGUAUUACCCCCUUCAGCAACAUCCACAACCAUCCUUGGAGUGUCCGUACAUAUUACCACCCAUUCUACCAACCACACAAUUUCAUUCCUAUAUACCGUCUACCGCAAGUGCCCAGUUCCCAUUGAUAAAUCCGGCACCACAGAAUAAUAUUACUGGCGCCAGUAAACAAUCCGGUUCCACCACCACCACCAACACUAAAUCAAGCAUAAACAUGAAAACUAAUAAUGAAAAACCUACUAAUGAAUCAUCAGUACGUCUAAGCGUAAAAUAUAUACUUUCAUAA